UUGUGCAGAGGAAGCAGCCACCACACACCAAUUCCCAUUCCCCUCUGUUCUUAUUCUCUGCCUAUAACUUGGUGACCUUUCUUUCUAUUUCUCAUUCCCAAUUCACUCACUCCUUCCCCACAACUUUUUUUUCUUAUUAAAUUGGUAUAGAAUGACGAACAAGAAUAUUGUGGUGGCUCCUAUUGGGAAAUCAUCACGUGUUAAUAACACGCUUGUGGAGUUAGCAAUGUCGAUUUCAAACUCAAAUGCUCUACCUAGAGCCGCAGUGCCCAGAAUAAUGGCCUUGUUUGGUGGGGUUUUGGGCUUAGGCCUACCCCAGAAAAAGCUCUUAAUCAAAGAUGGGACCAAAGUUAACACAUGGAUUGAUUCAAUGAGAGCCUCUUCUCCCACUCGAGUCAAAUCCACGCAACAAAACCAAGACCCCAUUAGUCCUUGGACUCUUUACCACCCUUCGGCACUGAACAUGUUGGAUCAGAUUGUGUGUGACUCCAAAGGGAAGCAGAUUGUGACUUUUCUUGACUAUGAUGGAACUCUCUCCCCAAUUGUUGCAGAUCCAGAUAAAGCAUACAUGACUAAAAAGAUGAGGGCCACGUUAAAGGACCUAGCAAGGCAUUUCCCCACCGCCAUCGUCAGUGGAAGGUGCAUAGACAAGGUGUAUAGUUUUGUAAGAUUGGCAGAACUGUACUAUGCUGGGAGCCAUGGGAUGGACAUCAAGGGACCAACAAAUAGGCGAAGUACUAAGAAAGGAAAUGAAGAAGUGCUAUUGCAACCCGCGAGUGAAUUCUUACCCAUGAUCAAUGAGGUGUACAAUAUCCUGGUGGAAAAAACAAAGUCUGUCCCGGGGGCUAAGGUAGAAAAUAACAAGUUUUGCUUGUCCGUGCACUUUCGCUGUGUUGACGAAAAGAAUUGGGUCGCAUUGGCUGAACAAGUUAGCUUGGUGCUCGAUGAGUACCCAAAACUAAGGCUAACCCAAGGGAGAAAAGUGCUAGAGAUACGACCUACCAUAAAAUGGGACAAGGGCAAGGCUCUGGAAUUCUUGCUAGAGUCACUAGGAUAUGCUAAUUCUGAUAAUGUAUUUCCAGUCUAUAUUGGAGAUGAUCGAACUGACGAAGAUGCUUUUAAGGUUUUACGGAGAAGGGGCCAAGGGGUUGGGAUUCUUGUUUCUAAAAUUCCAAAGGAAACCAAUGCUUCCUACACUUUGAAAGAUCCAACAGAGGUUGGGCAGUUUUUGCGGCAUUUGGUGGAGUGGAAAAGAACGAGUUCCCAAUACCACUAGUUGUAGAUUCUAGACAUGAGUUCAGGGAAAUUGACACCAGCCCAGAAUUUGGUCAAGGGGUGGUUCCAAUUAUAUAUCCCUUUCUUGUUGGAAAUAGGAAAUAGUAUGUUGCAUAAUUUAAAGUUUUAGGGAGGGGACAAAGUUCAAAUAUAGCUAGGUUCUCUCUCUCUUUCUUUUAUUUGAUUUUUUUUUUUUAAAUGUACUCUAUUCCUUCACACGUUUGCAUGCGCAUGCGGAUAGUGAAAGAACUGAUGUUUUAUGCCGCAAUUGCGAAUGGCGCGUCAACCUUCUUGCUCUGAAUUGUACUUGUCGUACGUGUGGACAAUGUGGUAUUGAAAAUGAAAAUCACCAACUUCAACUUGAAAAGGUGAUUUAGACUAUCACAAGUGCAAGAUGGCUUCGUACCUUAAUAAAUAAAUUUAUUUAUAAUUUGUUUGCAUUA